AAAUAAGUAGAGUUCUCGUACUAUUUUAAUUUUAACCAUGCCGGAGCGAAGAAUAGCUGAUUGGUGAUGGUGAUUCCGUGAUUCAUGAUGGUGCUACGAUUGUUAUCCGUAUUGCACCACAUCAGUCAUCACAGGAUUAGAUACAAUUCGAUUCAUUGCAUUUUAUUCCAUCGCCAUCGCCAUGAUGAAACGUUGCCUUCUUUCCCGCUCAUUUCGUCGACAUCGGCAGGGGUCUUUUGCGUCCAAAGGAUUCGAUCUCCUCCGCUUUCUGUCUUCUUCUGGACAACCGACGAGUGAUCAGGAAGGUGGCGAAAAGGUGUUUAUUAAGUACAGCAGCUCGGGUUUACCCGAUUUCAUCGAAGAAUGGGAUCGACAUAAAUUUCGAAAGGUCGGAUACGGAUUGGCAGCCAUCACUGCCGCAUCGGUUUGCAACACCGUAAUGAUAUUUGAAGAACAGACAGUCUUCUUCACAGCAGGAUUCGGGGCCCUAACUGCUUCCUAUUGGAUAAUUGGUAAGCGUGACAUGGAACAACGAUCACAAACCAUCCGUCGCAAUUUUCCAGUUCUCGGCAAUAUGAGAUACUUGCUCGAAAUGAUUCGUCCAGAAAUCAGACAAUACGUAAGUUCCAUCAUGACAUAAUGCCAUUUCUGCUUAUGAUGAUUGCCUUGUCUGCCACCAAAAAAAAACCAAACUUAAAUAGAAAUUCUUAGAUUGCGUUCUAUGAUUGUCCAUUGUUCUUGCAUUUUUCGAUCGUCGUUUUCACAGUUUGUAGAGGGAGACGACGAGAAAAGUGUGCCAUUUGAUCGAAAUCACCGAGCCAUUGCCUACGAACGAAGCAAGGGUGCUCCGGCUACCAUUGCUUUUGGAACUCGCCGUGAUACAGAAGCAAUAGGAUACGAAUGGGUGAACCAUUCACUGUAUCCCACAAGUUUGAAGGACAAGGAGCAGCGAGUGUUGAUAGGUGGCAACAAUCCCGACUGCAUUCAGCCGUACAGCUCGUCAUUACUGAACAUCAGUGCAAUGUCUUUUGGCGCUCUAUCAGAUCGGGCUAUCCUAGCAUUGAGCUCGGGAGCCAAGCUUGGAGGCUUCUCGCACAAUUCUGGUGAGGGAGGAAUCUCGGAGCAUCAUAAGAAAGGCGGAGCGGAUAUUGUAUGGAAUAUUGGUACAGCAUACUUUGGCUGUGGGAAAUUUUCUGAGAAUGGCGUACGAAUGUUUGAUCCCGAGUUAUUUGCCGAGAAUUCCGAACACGCCAAAAUGAUUGAAAUAAAAUUAUCUCAAGGUGCGAAACCCGCUCAUGGUGGAAUGCUCCCCAAGGAAAAAAUCAGCCCCAGUAUUGCGGAAGCACGCAAUUUGAAAUACCCUGUGGAGCAAGAUUGUCAUUCUCCGUCACGGCAUAAUGCUUUCAACAACUCUAUUGAACUUUGUGAAUUCAUCAAAGAGCUCCGUGACUUAUCGAACGGGAAACCAGUUGGAAUUAAACUUUGUUUGGGCCAACCAACGGAAUUUUGUGCUCUAGUAAAGGCGUUUUUGGAAACUGGAAUACAUCCCGAUUUCAUAACUUGUGAUGGCGGCGAAGGUGGCACCGGUGCUGCUCCCCCAGAAUUUUCCAACUCGGUAGGAACCCCACUGACCGAAGCAUUGUCUUUUGUACAUGCCGUAUUGGUUGGAACGGGAUUACGAGAUCCAACCGAGAAGUCCAAAUCAAAAAUAGCCUUGAUUGCCAGUGGAAAGGUGCUAACUGGUAUGAGUAUGUACAAGAAUUUUGCUCUGGGUGCAGACGUCUGCAAUGCUGCUAGAUCAUUUUUAUUUUCUUUGGGAUGCAUUCAAGCUCUCAAAUGCCAAGCCAACACAUGUCCAACGGGAAUCACCACGCAAGAUCCAGAGUUGAGCUGGGGGUUGGUACGUCAUAAUUUCUUAUACAUACUGAUGUUUUGUUUUCUUGCCUUGGAUAUGUUCUCUUACAAAUGCUUUUUCAAACAAUAGGAUCMCUCUUUUAAGCAGGUCCGUGUAGCAAACUUUCACAAAGCAACCGUAGAAGCUUGUAUUGAGUUGAUGGAGGCAACUGGAAUAGAAUCGUGGAAAAAGAUUCAGCCUAUGCAUGUCACACGCCGAGUAGCUCUAGGAAAAUCCAAGUCGUACGAAGAAAUAUGGGAACACCUAAAAGUUCCAAAAGGAGGCCUAUUGGAAGGUAUAGGGCCUGAUUCUCUUUUACAAGUGUGGAAGAACUCUGAUGUAGUAAGCCAGGCAGCUUCUAUCUAAAAGGAGCGACAUAAACAAAAAGGCCCGCAAGUUUGGUAAAGUUUCCAUGUAAUUUCAAUUCUGCGAGAGAUAUUUAUCCUCUAUGGAACAUUAUGAUAACAUUUAUCUUGCAUAUACAUGUAUGCAAUACCAUACAGGGGAAUUCCAUUUUUAUUUGUCAAACAAAAAUAGACAUAAAUGCUGUGC